CUCCUUUCACCAUUUUUCAUUAGAGAGGAUUUGACAAGAGAGUUCACCUGUUAGUGGGCCCAAAGUUUGUGAAAUAUACGAAAAAAACAAAAGUGGAGAAAGUUAUAUUCCCACCGUAUCUGUGUUAGUAGUACGGUAUGAUGACGUUACCAUAAUGCACGAACUGUUCGCUCAAGUUUUAAACAAUCGAGAUCUUUCUCGUGCUGGUGAUCUAUUUUCCUUGGACGAUCAAAGCAUCGUGGAUGAUUUGUCAGAGGUCCUCUUUAAAAUCCAGGAACUGUCAAGUGACUCAGAGUUUAUCCUUAAUGGUAACAAUCAGAGUGUUGUGGAGAUUUGUAUUAACAGGGUUACUUCUGCAAUUAGGGACACUGGAACGAUUGAGAAGCAUGCUGCACCUCUUGUGGCCUUAUUAGAAUCUUGCCUCAAUCAUGAUCUUCGCCCAUCUAACAAAGAUGAAGAUCCACCCCAUGCAAAAAUUGCAUCCGAAAUUGUAAAUUGCAUUUUUCUGAACUACAGCAAAAAACCAAUAAUGAAGCUGUUACUACCUGUGGCAGUCAAGUUUCUCCAUCGUGGAAACAAAGAACUUAGAAGAAACCUUUCUAGUUAUCUGUCUCUAGCAGCUAAUAGCAAUGCAGAUCUCUUGGCACCUCAUAUUCAGCCAAUUAUAGACAGUGUUAUAAGUGGAAACUACGUGCUUGCAAAAGUUCUUCCACAAAUUUAUGCCGUCAACAAAGAACCCAUCCACGACCAUGUAAUGGCACUAGUGUCUCUGCUACCCCUGUGUGAAAAAUCAGAGAAAAUAAGCCUUUUAAAAUUGUUCAGUCUGAUUGCCAAAAAUAAACCUUCGAUGCUGGAAAGUAACUUGCCACAGUUCAGUGGUUGUCUGACCAUCCCAAAUUGUACAAUAUGUGUACUUCAGAUAUUCUUAGACAUGGCUGUUAUUUGCCCUUUACCAUUCACAGAACACCUGCAAAAGAUGAAAGUUGUAGGAGAACAGUAUCCUGGGUCACUCCCUCUAGUGGCUCGCAUUCUGGGAAUUGUCGGGAAGUUAAGCCUGGAACGAGGCAAAGAGUGCUUGGAAUAUCUUGUUGCUCAGCUGACUAAAACUGACCACUCAUGCUUGCCUGUCUUACUGAAGGAAAUCAAAGGUAUAACAGAAGUUUUUCCUAUACUUUUACCUCUUUUCCUCCCUGAUAUCUGCAGUCAUACUGAAGGCUCAACUUCCACAGCUCGAUGGCUCAUUCAGGAACUGAAAGCUGAUUCUUCAAGCCCCCAUAAACAUCAAAAUCAUGUAAACUGGACUUCUGGAGGAGUUACUACUGUCAGGGUUGGAGGUAGUAAACAAGAUUUAAUGGUAACAUCUGCUAUUACUAUAGCAACAACUCUGUCCACAACAACUGUUACAUCAAUAACUGCUCCUGUUACAAAGUUAGUUACACGUAAUAUUGUUACCGGUCCAUCUAGGGAGAGUCGAGGAAACUUUGCCAACUCCAGACACAAUCUUGUAAGUGUGCCAGAACAGAGAUCCCUCAGUCAUCUGCUUUCUAAUCCACCCAUGAAUCGGAGCUUAGGCCGACUUCCAAUGGCAGGAGGAAUUGCGGUUCAUCACAGUAAUGGCCGACUAAGUUCUCCAUCUGGGCGAGCUGUUAGCAUGACUAGACUUAGUUCUGGUUCUGGCAUGAACAAAAGUUUGACAACUCUUAGUAAUCGACAUUUGCUGGUUCCCCAUGCUUCCAAAGUUGCAAGUGGUGGUGGUGUUACUGUCACCAUCCCUGUUGCUGGUACCAAACAGAAGAGUUUCAGUAGUAGCAUUCCAGUUCUUGAAGAAGAAAGCUAUGACAGAAUGACAGUCUCUAUAACAAGUUCCACUGCCAAGAGUGAUUUCAUCAGUGAAGCACCUUCAUUCCAUCCAAGUCAUUCCUUGUCUGUUACUCCCGCCACAAGUCAUUCAGCUGUCACAUCACCUUCUGUCAAUGGCAGCCCGGAGCCUUCUUCUCCUUGUAGUACAACAGCACCAUCUACUGCAAGCGUGUACUCUCAAACUCCCAGAAUGAAGAGCAGUUCUACUAGUGUUACAGUCAUUACAAACUCAGGGAAUCGAUCACCUUCUGGAACACAGCGUAUUUCGGUAUUUGAGCCAUCACCAAUGCGGGAUGCCAUUCAGCACUUCUGUAAAAAGCACCUUGAUAAAAUCAAGUCUUUCAUGCAACAUGUGUUUGUAAAAAUUCCUCUUCCAGUGAGAUGUACUAUUGAAGAAAGAAAAGCCAAAAAACAUGCCAAGCUUCAUUUUGCAUGUCAAGGUCAAGGAGAACACUGUCUAUAUACCAAAACCUACUUUGUUAUGAAGACCAAAAACCCUAGGAUAUGGAUACAUUUAAUGUUCCUCGCUCUCCAGGCUCGUGCAAAUUCAGCUUUAAGCACCCGAGAGACUUCUGUUAGUAGCUUACGAAACUGCUGGGACACGUUGAAGGUGGAUAACAAAACUUUUCUGACGUUGGUCACCUCAGCAUUCCCCUCAGCUAAGGAUCAAGACAUGCUUAUAGGUGAACUUAGGCAUAAUAGGUUUUUCGAUGUAUUUGAAUACAAUGGUCCUUUGAAAUUGUGGGGUUGUUUCUUGUGCAACCAUCCUGACCGUGCUCUGGACUUUUUACAAGGCAGUGAACCAGUCAUUGAGGGACAGCUCAAAGAAAAGAAAGCUAAAUGGAAAAUCUUUCGUCGUUGGAGAACUCGUUAUUUUACUUUAUCUGGAGCUCACUUGUCUUACCGUGGCUCAGGAAAACACAAGGAUGCUCAGCCCAUUGAAGUAAGCCAAAUCCGUACGGUGCGUGCCAUCAGUAGUAGAGGGAGAACCAUCCCAAAAGCUUUUGAAAUUUUCACAAAUGACAGAAUCUUUGUGCUCAAGGCUAAGGACAGUAAAAAUACAGAACAGUGGGUACAGUGUUUGUCUAUUGCCUUAGCUCACUCUCAUGCUCGCGUGGCUCUUUGAGAGAGUAAUUUGUCUUCAAGGUUUGUUACUCUAGUUGUAUGAUACGCACAGAACGCAAAGAGCUGGUCUCUUUAUUUUUCCUUCCUAUACUAAAUUUACUGUUAUAAUGAAAUGUAAUAAAAGUAUUGUGAAGUAGAUCACAUCAAUACUAAGAGCUUUAGUCAAGUAUUGUUUGUUUUUAAAUUGAUUAUGUGAUUAAGCUUUUUCUGUAAGUAGGAGACUGUGUCCUGUUGAACUUUAAUUAAAAUAUUCCUGUGCCAUUACCAACAGUUUAGUUGCUGGACACAUAUCUUGUCCAGCUCAGGUGUAAGUGGGGUACGAGUUGUCCCCGUGAUACAGCUAUGGAUUUUGGAAGCUUCUGAGUACCACAAAAUAUUCUCCUCACUUUAAGCUGGGGGCAUGUUACAAGAGUGACAGUCAAUACUUAGCAUGGAUGGUUUGGUGACAGGGUGGUGCUAAUUGGCUGACUACCCUCUGGUCAAUAGUUUGAAUUUAUGAAUAGUGGGAGAUAGCAUUAGUAGUUUUGCCAUGAAUAUAAGAUACUGGGUUAAGUUUAGUAAUCUGUAAUAUCUUUUCAUAAGUAAACAUUUCUCGCAUCCUUUAGUGAGAGUUUUAAACAAACUGUGAUAUGUAUAAGUAUGUGAUCACAUAUUCCCAAUUUAUUUUUGUCUCUAUAAUUUUAUGUUCAUUUAUAAGUAUUUCUAACCAUCUAAUGGUGGAACCUUUAAUCAUAGAAUUUCAUCUUCAACAUUUAAAUUCAUAUUCCACUUUGUAUCAUAUUAAUUCUGUUUAUAACUUUAAAAAUAUUGUUUUAUAUUCUCAGCUUUAAAAACUACACUUAAGUCAGUUUAAAUAAAGACAACUGAUCCUUUACAUUUAAUAUUCAAUAUAAUAUAUGUUUGUAUACAGUAAUAUUAUAAACAUUGUUUACGAACAUGGAAUUGUAUUUAUAAUUAUUAAACUUAUCCAAAUAAGUUGUUAUCACGUAUGUCAGUUGGGAAACCAUUUUUCCAUAAGAACAUUUUAUAUUUCAUAUUUUUCAAUAUUUCAUUUCAUUUUACGUUAACGACUUUCCUAAAUCUUGUGUUAGGGUAGAGAAAAUAAGAGGUAAAAAAUAUGAACUUUUACUAAAAAAAAAUUGAUAUUCAUUUAAGAGGUUAUAAAACUUGAGCAACACAAUAAAGGCUUCAUAAGCUUGUUGACAAUUCUUUAGUAAAAAUACUUUAUUAAAAAAUCUAAUUAUUUGUGUACAACGGACUUGCAAGUUUACGAAAAGCUUCCCAAAUUGCGUGAAUGUACACUUGAUGCGUUUAGAGUUACAGUAUGUAUAAUUUCAUGAUUAUUAGGUAGUUACAUACAUGUUAUAUAUCAAAACUCUCAUAGAAAACCCUUUUAUCAGGCUGUCAGUUUAUUAGCAAAUUCAAAGCUGUCUUUAACAAAUAUUCAUUAUUUGUGUAAUGUUCCAUAAACCUAACCAAAGGUCUAAUUUAAAUGACUGUAUAUAUCUCCAUUAGAAACUGUAGUUCUAAAUGGACAUCCUUCAUUAUGAACCUUAGGAAUUGCAUUUAACAUACUUUGAUGACAGUCUGAUGGCCUCAUCAUUAAAUAUAUUUGUGUUAUUAUGUUUUUUAAAUUUUAAUAAAUAAUUCUGUAAUAUUAUUUCUCUGUUUUAUAGGAGACUUUUGUAACAUGAUAAAUAUUUUAUUGUCAUUUAAAAUAUUUAUAUUAGAAUUACUGUAUCAGAACUAUUCCAUUACCUUUAUCAAGUUUCAAUAUAACUAUCUUAUCAUUUUUACAAAGACUCCUAAUUGUUAACAGUUCUUUAUUAAGACAACUAUUAUAAAAUGCCCAUUCUCUACUGUCAUAUGUUAUGACAGUUACAUAAUAAUCAACUAUCAAACAUGUAUAAUUAAACACAAAUAUAUUAAACUAUUCAAAUUAAAUAACUGUUCAUACACAAUGUGAAUUUUCUUUUAAAAUAUUCCUUCUCCUGGCACUAUAUAUGAAUGUCUCCCUUUUAAUAGUUCACAGCACUGGCACCAAAUGGAUACAUCUCGGGACUUGACUUGCAAUCUUCUUGAAGUUAUUGACAACAUAAAAACCUAUAGAAUGUACUAGGUCUUUCUGUAGGCACUUAACUGUAGUAAAUCUAUGACAAAAAUCUUCUUGAAGUU